AUGCCCUCCAUCAGUUCCGACAGUGAGGAUGACCUCCUCGCCAUCUACACCCAGCUCAUGCUGGACUCGAUCGACGUCCCCGAUCGCUCGGCUGUCGAACCGGCUCGACCGAUGUUGGUCGACAGCAAUGUCAACCCGAAGCCAGCCGAGAUGAACGCCAAGAAGCGCAAGCUCGAGAAGAAGAAGAUCAAGCGUGAAGAGAGCAAGCGAACCAAGGCUGAUCUGGUGGAAGAGGCGGAGUUCCGGCUGUUCUCGAGGCAGCCUAUCCGGGUCAUCUCGCUCUUACCUCCAAAGGAGGAUAUGACGACGGUCCCAAACCCGCGUCAUAUCGAAUGGACCAAAGGCGAGGUCUCGACCCGACGGGCACGGAUCAGGUCGACCGUAGUCAACGGCGACCGACUGAUAAAGACCAGACUCAGGGCUUCCAAACUGCAGCCAAUCUCCCCGUCGCUGUUCCACACCGAAUCGUUCCCCUCUGACCCUUUACCCAACCUUCUCCUCGCCGACCGAUCCAAGAUCGGCUUGUCUCCUAUGGUACAACGAGCGAAUCCACCUUCCAAGCCGAAAUCCAAACGACCGGAACGACAGACGAUUCCCACUGUCACCUCCCCCUACCCUGCCGAUAUUACCGCUCCACUGCCCCGACCUCUACCAGAAACCCGGGCCGAUCAACGCCGUCAAUCGCGAGAGAGAAAGAAGCUAGCCCGUCGUGAAGAUCGCCUCGGCUUGCGCUCAUUCGAGACGUCGUUGUCUGGCAAGACACAAAAAUUGAUCAAGCGACGGGAAGCUCGUUACUGGGCGCCUGCAGUCGGGCUGGGAGGUGCAGCGAGGGGGUAUGCCUAUGGCUUUGCAGGCAGUCGAGAAGGGGCAAGGGACAUUCAAUCUGGUUGGAUACGGGAUAAGAUGCGCAAGGGGGCAUUAGACGAGUGA